CUGCGAUGUAGCAAUCAUUCACAUUUUAUUUCUUCAUUUGACUGGAAUGAGAGUGCUCCAACCGCCUCUAACAGAGGACUCUCACUCAUCAAAUUGCAGACAUUGUUGAAGACUUGAUCUCCUUUCCCAUGAUGUCAGUCCAGGCUACAGCACUGAUUGGAAUUCUUAUUUCCCUUCUGACUUCAUCAGCCGCAGAUAAGUGCAGUGCAUACAAGGGUUAUCCCGGAGUUCCAGGCAUCCCUGGCUCACAUGGGCCAAAUGGGAAAGAUGGGCCAAAGGGACAGAAAGGAGAUGACGGGGAUCAUGACCAGCUUUUGAAGGGUCAGAAAGGAGAACCUGGGUUGCCGGGCGUCCCUGGGAGGGCAGGUGUUGCAGGGGACUCUGGGUUUCCAGGCUCACCUGGCCUUCCAGGUCCCAAGGGGGAGAAAGGAACAUCAACGGCUGCCACCUCUGCCAAGAAGUCAUUCUUCUCUUCCAAAAGGCCCGAAAGAAACAUGAUCAAAGGUAACACUGCCAUUGAGUUUGAACCGGCAGUCAUAGUAGGAGACCCCCUGAACAAAGGAGUCUUCAAAAGCACCAUCAAAGGCUACUACUACUUUUCCUACCACAUGACUGUGCGCAGUGCUAUCUGCCUCAAUAUUAACAAGGGUCUGGAGACAAAGGUUGGUUUCUGUGACACUCCAGAGAGAGGCUUCCUGGUGACCUCUGGCUCAGUGGUGCUGAAGCUGGAGGUGGGUGAUGAAGUCUCCGUACAGUCCACUGAAAAAGUCUUUCUUCCAAGUGGGGAAGGUGCUGACAGUACGUUCACCGGCUUCCUGCUCUUCCCAGUCAGCUAGAGCUCGCCCUGUAGGCCACAAGCAGCAUAACUGUGGACCACAGUACAUCUUUCUUUUAAAAACUUUAUUGCGGUCAUAUUUGACAGUGCAAUAUAUACACUCACUGCGCACUUUAUCAAAUAUUUAUUUUAUGCUUGAAACACAUGUUUUCAUGAUUUGGUCAUUAUAAGUUAUGAGGAAUUUACAUUUCAGUUGUGUCCCAUCAUAUUCACUCAAACAUGUUACCUGAACACAUCCAUCCCUAUGAAAUAUUUUAAAUAUUCCACAAGUCAGAUGUUCAACACGAAGCGGCCUCAUCUGAAUUUCCUGAAGGUAAUGGGAAAAUACUGGCCUUUCCCGUAUUUUCACUGAUAUUUGUGAUACUGAUUGAGAAGGUCACUCCCAAAGUAUAACCCUGUUACGAAAAUUAUAGCUUGAAAGCAAUGUAUUUAAAAAAAACUCAAACCACCCUAUCUGGCACCAAUAAUCAUACCUUGGUCAAAGUCACUUAGAUCACAUUUCUUCUCUAUUCUGACAUUUGGUCUGAAAACUGAACCUCUUGAUUAUGUCUGCAUACUUUUAUGGAUUUAGCCACGAUUGGCUGAUUAAAUACCUGCAUUAAGAAGCUUGUGUAUUGGUCUACCUAAUAAAGUGCUCACUGAGUGUACAUUCUGCCUUCUCAUUUCUUGCUAUUAAGAGACUGUACUGGAAUGUGUAAAAAUGUGUUGUUUUUAACAAUAAAUAAACCACAAACCGCACAA